AUGGCAUCUACAAACGCUCCAGAUAAACCCAUGAGUGAGAAACAACGACUUAAACAUGAAAAAUUCAUCAAGAAGCAAGCGCAGCAGCAGCAACAACAACAAGCCAUUAGUACUGUUUCCAAACAGAGCAAGGCUAAGACACAGGAUGCUUCUUAUUCUACUACUAGUACUGUUAAGACAUCAAAGGACUGGAUUGAUGAAACCCCAUCCGGACAGAAAAAGAUCCUGAAACCGCUAGACGACGACUUGCACAAGGCGUACAUUCCGAAAGUUGUCGAGUCGGCCUGGUACAGUUUCUGGGAAGAGCAGGGGCUGUUCAAGCCACGGACAAACGAGGAGGACGGCAGUUUCAAGGCAAAAGGGAAAUACGUUAUUGCUAUACCGCCACCUAAUGUGACUGGCAAACUACACAUCGGCCACGCCCUGGCGCUCUCGCUCGAAGACACGCUCAUCAGGUGGCAUCGCAUGCGGCAGUUUACAACACUAUACAUCCCCGGCUGCGACCACGCAGGCAUUGCCACGCAAGCCGUUGUCGAAAAGCAACUGGCCAAGAACCCCAAGGAUGGUAAAUCCAAGAGACAGGAUUUCAGCCGCGCUGAAUUCGUGCAGCUGUGCCAGGAUUGGAAGGAAGACUAUCAUCGAGCGAUAAACAAUACGACGCGGAAACUAGGUGUUUCUGUGGAUUGGUCGCGCGAGGCAUUUACAAUGAGUCCACAGCUUUCAAAAGCCGUGACUGAGACUUUUGUGCAGCUGCACUCUGAGGGACUGAUAUAUCGAGCUAAUAGGCUUGUGCAUUGGUCGUGUCGGCUCACCACGGCGUUGUCGACACUGGAGGUGGAUCAAAAGGAAAUCGAAGGCACGACGAAGCUUAGUGUGCCUGGCUAUGACAGGAAGGUUGAGUUUGGAACGCUCACGUAUUUCAAAUACCCGAUCGAGGGUUGUCCGGGACAGACAAUAGAAAUAGCAACAACAAGACCGGAGACAAUGCUCGGCGAUACUGGUAUUGCUGUGCACCCGCAGGACGAGAGAUAUAAGGAUCUUGUGGGCAAGAUUGCGCAACACCCGAUCAUACCUGACCGGAAACUGAGGAUCGUCGCCGACGAAUAUGUGGAGCGGGAUUUUGGCACUGGUGCAGUCAAGUUGACGCCUGCUCACGAUUACAAUGAUUUCAAUCUGGGCAAGAAACACAAUCUGCCAUUCAUCAACAUCCUAAACGAGGACGGAACUCUCAAUAGCAACGCUGGACACUACGCCGGCGAGAAGCGGUUCAAUGCAAGAUACAAAGUGAUUGAGGAGCUAAAGACGCUCGGCCUCUAUACAAAGCAAGAAUCAAACAAGAUGGUCAUCCCCAUCUGCAGCCGGUCUGGCGACGUCGUUGAGCCGCUGCUCAAACCCCAAUGGUGGAUGAAAAUGGAGCCGUUGACGAAACCCGCCAUAGAUGUGGUUGAGAGCGGCGAGCUCGUGAUCAGGCCGGAGCUACAGAGAAGACAGUAUCUGCAGUGGAUGCAGAAUCUGCAGGACUGGUGUCUGUCGAGACAGCUCUGGUGGGGUCAUCAGAUACCGGCUUAUUUUAUCACUAUUGACGGUGAAGGUGAUGGGGAUGAUUCUAACGAUGACUACUGGGUAUGUGGCAGGACAGAAGAGGAAGCUCAGCAGAAAGCAGAAGAGAAAUUCCCGGGCAAAAAACUGAAACUCAGGCGAGACGAAGACGUCUUGGAUACCUGGUUUAGCUCUGGACUUUGGCCAUUUAGCAUCCUCGGAUGGCCAGACAAGACGUCGGAUUUCGAAAACUACUUUCCCACCACGACUAUGGAGACUGGCUGGGACAUUCUACCAUUCUGGGUCAGCCGCAUGAUCAUAUUCUCUCUAAAACUGACCGGCAAAGUGCCCUUCAAAGAGGUCUUUUGCCAUGGCUUGAUACGGGACAGCGAUGGUCGAAAAAUGUCCAAAUCGCUCGGGAAUGUCGUUGACCCGCUUGAUAUACUUGACGGAAUCAGCCUGGAUGACCUGCAUAAAAAGCUGCUACAAGGUAAUCUAGCCGAGAGCGAGGUCAAAAAUGCGCAAAAGUACCAGAAAAAGGCCUUCCCACAGGGCAUUCCUGAGAUUGGGGCCGAUGCCUUGCGGUUUUCGCUCGUCAACUACACUCAAGCAUCUGGCGGUGACAUUAGCUUUGAUGUAAAGACGAUGCAGGGCUACCGGAGAUUCUGUAACAAAAUCUACCAGGCUACGAAAUACGUGCUUGGAAAGCUUGGCAAUGAUUUUGUUCCUCGCGAGACCAGUGCUUUGACAGGAAAAGAAGGGCUAGCAGAGAAAUGGAUCCUGACAAAGAUGAAUACGGCCGCAAAACAAGUUAACCAGGCGCUGGAAGAGCGUGAAUUCGCGAGGUCGACUCAGAUCAUUUACGGGUACCUGUACGAUCAACUGUUUGAUAUCUACAUUGAGAAUUCCAAGUCGAUCAUCUCGGAUGGUACGCCUGACGAAGCUCGUUCUGCCAUGGACACGCUCUACACCACGCUUGAGUCGGGCUUGCGGCUCAUGUCUCCAUUCAUGCCCUUUCUGACUGAAGAGCUGUGGCAGCGGCUGCCGCGCAGACCUAGCAACAGCACAUCCUCGAUUACUAUCGCGGAGUAUCCAGAGUAUGAGACGGCCUUUGAUGACCCCAGGUCAGAGACGGCCUAUGAGCUUGUACUAGGCUGUUCAAAGGGUAUCCGGUCACUGAUAGCAGACUAUGCUGUCAAAGAUAAAGCACAGGUUUAUAUCGCACCUCUAAAUAAGAAGUCAUAUGAAACUGCGUCCGCUCAGCUCUCAUCUAUCAAGUCACUCAGUGGGAAGAUACCAGUGGAUAUCAGCAUUCUCAACCCCGAAGAACCCAGCCCUGAUGGUUGUGCUGUAUUCCCUGUGUCUGCUGACGCGAACGUCUAUAUUGAAGUCAAGGACCGCAUACAAGAUGCUAGAAAGGAGGCUGAAAAGUUCAAGGCCAAGUUGGACGAGGCAAGAAACGACCAAGAUGAAGUUGACUCGCUCGUGGCCGAGCUGAACAAAGUACAGGAUAAGGGCGUCACAGAGGCCAUGCAGUCGGCCGAGAGCCGGAAGAGAGAUGUUGGGGCCAGAUUGCGAGCACUGGAAGACACGGUUGCCAUGUUUGAGAAAAUGUCGAUUUAG